AUGGCGGCGGCGGCUGCGGGGGGCAUCGCUACGCUGCCCGACGACGGCGGCGGCGGCGCCUUUCCCCCGGGGCACUUCAAGGACCCCAAGCGCCUGUACUGCAAGAACGGCGGCUUCUUCCUGCGCAUCAACCCCGACGGGAAGGUGGACGGCGUCCGCGAGAAGAGCGACCCGCACAUCAAGCUGCAGCUUCAGGCGGAGGAGCGAGGAGUGGUGUCCAUCAAAGGUGUCAGUGCCAAUCGCUUCCUGGCCAUGAAGGAGGAUGGCAGAUUGCUGGCCUUGAAAUAUGCAACAGAAGAAUGUUUCUUUUUUGAACGUUUGGAGUCCAAUAACUAUAACACUUACCGGUCACGGAAAUACUCGGAUUGGUACGUGGCACUGAAAAGAACUGGACAGUACAAACCUGGACCAAAAACUGGACCUGGACAGAAAGCUAUCCUUUUCCUUCCCAUGUCUGCUAAAAGCUGACUUCCAUGG